AGGUCACAGAGACACCGAUCAGCUAACACUGCGGUGUUACCUGGCGCAUCUGGAGCGGCUAACUGCUAACUGCUGCUGUGUUUCCGGUGGUGAAACCAUCUCUUCCUGUUGUUUUUUCACGUCACAGUUAUAAACAUUCUCCACUCCCCCUUUUAUCCACGUGACGUCACCAGCAAAGAAGGAGGCUCAGCUGGUUGUGACGUCACAUGGGUAAAGAUGGUGUAGGAGGAAGAGGGACCACUCUGAUCAGUUUCUUUUUUAGUGAAUCCACUCAGAGUGAGACCUCCUGUGCUCCUCCUCUCUCUGGGACUCUCUGACCGACGGACGCAGCCUCGGCCGCUCUCACAUCAAAGCUGAUCGAUCGAUACCGGAUCGAUCGACUGUGACGUCGCGGUCUAUCACAACCGGCGCGUGGUCUCCAGCGAGUGAUGACAUCAUUGCGUGAGAGUCCCGAUCCUUCCCUCGUCAUCUGAUCGAUCAUUUAUCAGGUACCCCUGGUGCUCCUGGUGCCCCCAGCCCUCCUGGUCCCAUCCAGGAUGCUGCCAGCCUCCAUCCAGAUCACAGGGGAGCAGCUCUCAGCGGCCGAGGUUCAGGACAUCUGUGAGAGUCUGAAGGAGGACAGCGUUCGUCUGCUGUCCAUCCGAGGCUGCCAGCUCUCCGAUCGCGACUUUGGACGUAUCUGUCGCAGUGUGGCCGAGUCUCGCUCGCUCGCUCAGCUCAACCUCAACCUGGGCGUGGUCUCCAGCACCAGCAGGACUCGACACCUGGCCGACGCCAUGAGCACCAACCGGUCCCUGCAGACCCUAUUUCUCCAUGGCAGCCCGCUCCUGGACGCUGGCCUGGUGACCCUGAACUUGGCGCUGUCGACCCACCCGGCCCUGGUCUGUCUGGAUCUAGGAGACUGCAUGCUCGGAGAUGAGGCGCUGGGUCUGAUCUGCGGGAUGCUGCCCCCUGAUGGAGCAAAGUCAGGCCUGAUGGAAUUGACACUCAGCGCUAACGCAGGAAUCAGCUCCAAAGGUUGGGCUCGACUCAGCAUCGCUGUGGCCCACAGCUCUCAGCUCCGAGUCCUCAACCUGGACUACAACCUGCUGGGUGAUCAGAUAGCAGGGAUGUUGGCGGUUGCUGUGGCGUCCAGCAGAACCUUGGAGGUGUUGGACCUGGAGGGAACCGGACUGACCAACCAAUCAGCACAGGUCUUCCUCGACAUGGUGGAGAACUACCCGACCUGCCUGCGGGUUCUGGUUCUGGCGGAGAACGACAUCAGUGCGGAGCUGCAGCAGCAGAUCUGUGACCUUCUCUCGGAGGGAGAGGAUGACAGAGAGGCCCCGCCCCUCGUAAUACGCGCCAAGCCCAGCAGUGACCUGCUGUCAAUCAGAGACAAGUACCAGCCAAUCAGAGACAAGUACCAGCCCCCCGCUUGGCUCCCCCAAAGCAUUCAGGGUCCCCCUCCUUUGGAGUCCGUAAAGUUCGAACCACAAUGAGACAUUUCUGGUCUGAGGAGGAUUUCCUGUUGUAUCGCCACUGGUGCACAAUGAAUCCUGGGACAGGUCCGCCCGAGAAGGAUCCACCUUCCUGAACUGAAGGAGACAUUUGAAGGAAACGUUAGAAACGUCUAGUUUGGCCGCUGUGGCGCCAUCGGUCUGAAGGAGGCGGAGCCUGAACUGAGACAAAACCUAUGUUCAUGUCAUUCUGGGUCUGUGGGUCCAGUGACACUCUGGUUCUCUCCUAAUGAACCUGGUUCAGGAUCAGAUCUGUCUGGUGUUUUCCAGCUUCUGCGUUGUGACAGUUGGAGGUUUGGGGUUUCCUAUAACGAGUGCGGAUCUAGUUAAAUCUCGUUCUUUGUGGUUCUUUAAAAAGAAAAGAAUAUUUAAAGAAUACAUUUUAUCAAUCAAUCAGUCAAAUCAAUACAAUUUUAUUUGUAGAGCCCAUAUUCACAUGUCCCAGUUUGUCUCCUGGUCUUUAACGAGGUGAGACGUCCUCUGUUCUUCAACAAGUCAAACUACUGAAACCUUCAACAGGUGAGAAGGUAGAAACCUCAUAGACACACGUGAGGACCCGUCUCCCAGGACGGACACCAGUCCAACAGAUGUCACAUGUAAUGUUUAAUAUCUUCUCGUUCUCUGUGGUUCCACCUGAUUCUGGUCCAGGUUCUGGUCAUAGUCCUGGUUCCAGAGCAGGUAACACACAUCAUCAUUAAUUUAAACAACAUAUUUAAGUUAAGUUAAGAAUUGAUUUAAUUUAAAGUAAAAGUCCAACAUUUAGGGCGCCAACACCGACUUAACUUAGUCUGCAGAUUGGAAAACAGCUCUCAGUCUAAAGGGAAUAACUUGCAGCUGUAAGGAGCAGAUCAACUUGGUCGUCGGCCUGACACUGAUCUGCUUCUUGUCUUAAUGCUAAGCUAGCCAUGAGAGUGGUUUCAAUGGACAGGAAGUGACACGACGAGGACGUGUGGUUUGUUGGCUCUAAACGUGUCGUUCUCUAACCCACAGACUCCAGCCCACAGACGGUCCUCCUGACAUCAGGUCUAGGUGAGAGCUUAUUGGACGAGACUGAGAUGUGACCCCUCCCACAAACACACCCACUUACUGUUUUCACUCGAUUCGAUUGGUUUGUAGUUUUGGGGGUUGAAUGUCUGUUUCUGCACUGCACUUCCCUGGGUUCUCGGAUCACAUGAUCACUGGCAGCCUAUCACAUGCCACUGCAUGGUUUGAUGUAGCACCUGUGAGUAGACAAGCAGCAGCACCAAACCUCAACGCACCAGAUUACUUCACCUGUGAUCAGGCUCCGCCCACAAACGCUACCUGCAGGAACUCAGGCUAAAAAAUCCUCCAGCUCCAACUUGUGGAGAAUAGUUAUUUGUUCCCAGGGCUGAUGGGAUGUUGGUCUAAUAGAAUGAUUGAUUAAUGGUCUAAACAGCUGACCGAACUUAAAUAUGAAGUUUGACUGUUUAAAGUUAAAAAGACGACGAUGCUCAUCAGUGUCUCAGAUGAAGAUUGUGUCACCUGGAGUUUCUGCAGGUAAACGGAAACUGAGUGUUUCUGAUGAAUGUAUUUUCUGUGUGUUUGUUCUGAUGAAAAACAACGUCACAAUAAUAAAACAGUUUACAGCUUCGUAAGAAA